CUGAAAGGUCGCAGUGUGCUAGCAGUAAAGCAGGCUAGUUUUGAAGAAGAUGGAGUUCGUGACCGCGGCGUUUGCGGGCACGCUCGCGUCCACGGCGCAGCAGAUCUGUAUCCUGAGUAAAAACGUACCCACACCAGAGUUGUAAUGCAGAUUUGCAAAGACAGGAAGACUUGUAAUGCGCAUCCGAAUGAGAGCCAUUUCCAGUCGUGUUUUGGAAUUUGUGAUGCUGUGAACAGGAUGAGCAGAUGAAUCUGUGAUGCGGCUGCACUUUCUAACCUGCACAACACUGCAGAGUGCAACUUGUCAUGCGUGACUCACAAAACUCCUCGGCUUGUGUUGCAAAAUCCCCAUCCUGACUCUGGUGUGGGUACGUGUUUACUCAGGAUAAUCUGGGGCUACAACCUAUCCACUGCAAAUGUGUCUGGGCGGUCUGGAAUAAACUUGUCCCGCGGGGGCUCAUAGGUGAAUGACAAUAUGUUAACUUCUACAGGACGCAGCCACGCAUGACAGCUCUCUGAACGUUCCUGUGGUGCGUAAGUAACGCGCAUGGAGGAUGAGCAUUGGUAUUGCUGCAUGACACAGAGACAGCACUGUUUUGCCACAACUCGAUGCAUAUUUACAGAGUUCGGGAAUACGGAAGUUCAGCAUAAAUAAUACAGAUCCUGCAUUCUGGCAGACCCAGACAUGUUUGCAGUUGACACAACCGAAAUUUGUACAAUUUCGACACCCACAUGCGGCAGGCCAGCGUCACGCAGCGCCAGUGGGGCCGGAAGGAGUGGCUGUGGCUGCAUCGCGAGGACAUUUCGAAUUUGG